AUGACAGUUGAAGGACAAUCGAUCGAAUGGAAAGUUCAGCAAACAGGUGGAAAUAUGAUAGAUGCUCUGAGAAGUACUUGCCAAGCCAUAUCCACUUCGAAUAUUGUUGGUAUUGUCGGCCCGGCUCGAUCAAGAGAAACAUUCAUUAUCGCUGAUUUGGCCAACAGAAUCGGUAUUCCAGUAGUUUCCUAUAGUGCAACUGAUCCCCAACUGUCAGAUCGUCGAGUAUAUCCUGCCUAG